UCUCCCCCGUUCCAAAAUAAACAAAAUAGUUGAUAAUUCCUAUCAAUGGCAAACAGAGUUUUUACGGUCCAAAUCUUCUUCAUUGUUUUGAGAGAGACUUUGGAAGCCGUUAUCGUCGUUGCGGUUCUUCUUGCUUUCUUGAAACAGAGCUUGGGAGCUCGGAGUCCUGCUGUGCACAAACAGCUUCGGAAACAAGUUUGGUGGGGUGCAGGUCUGGGUGUUCUUAUCUGUUUGAUCCUGGGAGGUGCAUUUAUUGGUGCAUACUAUUCUCUAGACAACGAUAUUUGGUCCAAAUCUGAAGACUUAUGGGAAGGUAUUUUCUCCCUUAUCGCCACUGUCCUCAUUUCUUUUAUGGGUAUUGCCAUGCUGAGAGUCAACAAGAUGCAGGCUAAGUGGAGAGUCAAAAUUGCCAGGGCCUUAGUGACACCACCUGCCAGCAAGGCCGAACGGUUCAAAUUCGGCUACCUCGUCAAAAAAUACUCCAUGUUUAUUCUUCCAUUCAUCACAUGUUUGAGAGAAGGUCUAGAAGCCGUUGUUUUUGUUGGCGGUGUCACUAUGACUUCCCCAGCUUCUUCAUUUCCGUUGCCAGUUGUUUGUGGUUUGAUCGCUGGUAUCGCUGUCGGUGUCUUCCUGUUCUAUGGAGGUUCCACGGUUUCACUGCAACUAUUCUUGUGCAUCUCUACUGCUAUCCUGUAUCUGAUUGCUGCUGGUCUAUUUUCUAGAGCAGUCUGGUACUUCGAGACCUACAUCUUCAAUCAACAGACUGGUGGUGAUGCCUCCGAGAACGGUUCCGGUCCAGGUACUUAUAACAUCAAGAAGUCUGUUUGGCACGUGAACUGCUGCAACCCAGAGACAGAUAACGGUUGGGAUGUUUUCAACUCUUUGCUCGGAUGGCAGAACUCUGCCACCUACGGUUCCGUUUUGUCGUACAACAUCUACUGGAUUGCAGUCAUUGUGACCUUGCUUUUGAUGUAUUACGAGGAAAGACACGGCCACCUUCCAUUCACGAAAAACCUGACCCUCAGAAAGUUGAACCCAAUGUGGCACAUCAAGAAGAAGGGUAAGAACGAGUUGUCUGCCGAGGAAGAGGCCCGUCUUUUCAAGGAAGCCAAUAGGAAGCUUGUUGAGCAAGCGCAGAAUUUUGGCGAAUCGAGCGAAUUAGGGGCUGCCAAAGUUGAGAAGGUCACUGCCGAUGAUGAAGCAACUGCUUUGAAAUAAGGGCAGACCGAAAAUAAGACUGGCUAUGUGAGAUCAUCGAACACACACACACACACUCCUGAUGAUUGAUCAGAACCGGUCGCGUUGGAGGUGCUGCUCAUUUCUUUUAAUAUUACACACACACAGGGGAACUAGAAUGGGGGAGAGAGUCCGUUCAAUGGCCCUUGAUGGAAAAUCACACACACACACACACCGUAUCUUUCAGUCAGUCAAACUUUCCUUGAAGUUUUUGAGAUUUGACGUUAUGGUAUCUGAUUU